ACAGCGCCCUGGCCAGCGAACGGGUGCAUCAAGACUAUCAGAGACCGAAGCUGUAGGAAUUCACUCUAUAGCCGUGAAGGAAGGAGGGGGGAGAGAGAGAGAGAAUGGAAAGAAGGCUUAUGAGGUCUACAGCAAUCGAAGACCACCAUGGAAGGUCUCUAUUUUUCGUUGGCUACCUACUUUCUGUUCCUGCGUACUUGGGUGUUGCUGGCAUAUUUCCUACCUCCUUACGUUGUGACUUUUGGCCCAUGGUCCUUGCGCCGUCACAACAAACUGACCUCAGAUAUAAGUCUCAAUCCUUCGUUGGCAACUCGGCAACGUCUCUGCUAAUAUGCAUGCAAUUUGUGGUCUGACUAGCCACCACGACGAAUUUGUUUCCACCUAGCCACCGGGGUCUGUGAGAGAACAGCGCGAGCGAAGCAACAGCCCGUCCGAAUUCU